AUGGAAGGGGACUUCCCUGAGGCUACCUUAACCAAUUUGCUGGAGGCCAGCUCUCAGAGAGAGAAGGCAUCGAUGAGCAGCAAGAACAAUGUGCUCUACGUCGAGCGCAACCGAAGGGAGAAGAUGAACGACUUCUACACCAUGUUGCAGUCCAUGGUUCCCAAUCUCUUCCCUAAGGCAACAAGAGCAAGGAUCGUCGGCGAAACUAUAGCGUACAUUAAAGCUCUCGAAGAAGAGAUCAUAACACUUGAUGCAGAGAAGGUGGCAAGAGAAGCGUCGAGCAGAUCCACCGCAUUACGAAUCACCCGAAGCAGUUCCUCUGUCGAUGUUACCGUCUCCGGCAACGUAGCAUUCUUUGGAGUAUGCCUUGUGUCUCGGCCGAGGCUGGUGACACAAGUGCUGGAGGUGUUUGAGAAGCACAAGGCUGAGGUCUUGUCCUCCACUGCUGCAUGCCAUGAUGGAAAUGCCACCAUAACGGUCACUGCAACGGUGGCGGAGCAAGAGGCUGUGGAGAGGAUUAAAGGAGACCUCAUGAUCAUAUAA